AUGUCCCUGGUGGAAACAAUCCGGCUGUGGCAAGAAGGGGUGUGUGCAGCGGACAGGAAGGAGUGGAGGGCAGCCCUGGGUGCCUUCACAGCUGUCCAGAACCCCCCUGCCAAAAUCUGCUUUAACAUCGGCUGCACAGAGCCCAGCUCAGGCCACUUGGCUAAAGCAGGACAGGCAUUCACCCGGAGCAUUGGCUGUGACAAACACCUGGCAGUGGCUUAUUUCCAGCGGGGGACAGUGUUUUACCGGAGGCAGAACCAUGAAAAGGCCAUCGAGGAUUUCAAAGAGGCGCUGGCCCAGCUGCGAGGCAACCAGCUCAUUGACUACAAGAUCCUGGGGUUGCGGUACAGGCUCUUUGCUUGUGAGAUACUCUACAACAUUGCACUGGUGUAUGCCACAACGGAGGACUGGAAGAAAGCUGAGGAGCACCUGACUCGGGCCAUGACCAUGAAGAGUGAGCUCCAGCAUAACAAGAUCGACAGGGCAAUGGAAGCCAUCCUGAAGCAGAAGAUCUGUGAGCUGGUGGCCAUGCCUGCAGGGAAGCUGUUUAGACCAAAUGAAAAGCAAGUGGCCCAAUUGGAGAAGAAAGACUACCUGGGAAAGGCUAUGGUGGUGGCAUCUGUGGUGGACAAAGAUGAUUUUUCAGGAUUUGCUCCACUCCAACCACAGGCCUCUGGUCCUCCACCCAGGCCCAAGACCCCAGAAAUCCUCAGGGCCCUCGAAGGGCAGCCACACCGCAUCCUAUAUGAGUUCAUCCCUGAGACUGCCGAGGAGCUUCAGGUCCUGCCAGGAAACAUUGUCUUUGUCCUGAAGAAAGAGAAGGACAACUGGGCUACGGUGAUGUUCAAUGGAAAGAAAGGGAUUGUUCCCUGCAACUACCUCGAACCUGUGGAGCUCCAGAACAAGCUGCAUACCCAGGAACAAACUCCUCUUGAAACAGAGAUCCCCGAAUCACCCAGCUCCGCUGCUCCAGAGAAACCGCGGCGGCUGGCACCAGACAGUGCUCCUGUUACUGUGAUACAGACGAGAGAUGCAGCAAAGGAGACAGAAGCGGCCAUCUCCAGCCCUCACAUCCUCAAAGUGCAUUACAAGUACACGGUUGCUCUGCAAGUUGAGCCAGGCCUCUCCUACGUGGAGCUCCUGGACCUGGUUUGCAAGAAACUGGAGCUCCAGCCUGAGCACACACAGCUGAGGUACAAGCCUGUGGAGACCCAAGUGCUGGUGACUCUAAGCACAGAGAACCUGGAGGCAGCUUGGAGCCAGAGCAAGGACAACUGUCUGACAGUCUGGUGUGACAUCACGGAGGGAGAGGGUUUUUUACCAGACAGCAAACCAGAGGAGCUGCUGCAGGAGGCAACACCGGAGGAGACGGGACCAACCCAAGUUGUAGCGCAGUACAAUUACGAAGCCACCCAACCUGAAGACCUGGAGUUUCAGGCAGGAGAUAUGAUACUUGUCUUAUCCAAAGUGAAUGAAGACUGGUUAGAAGGCCAGUGCAACGGAAAGAUAGGCAUCUUUCCAUCCGCUUUCGUUCAAAAGUCUAACACUAAAGACCUGGAGAUGUGA